AUAUUUGACAAAAAUGAUAUCACCAUUGUUAUUUGGUAUUCUUAGUACAUUGUUGAUUUAUUAUAUUUUUGAUUUCAUAAAUGGACGACCUAAAAACUUUCCACCAGGACCCAUUCGUAUACCAUUUUUUGGAAGUUAUCUAUUUUUAAUAUUCAAAACAUUAAAAGAUGUACCCAUCGAAUUAGCCGAAUGGAGUAAAAAAUAUAAAUCAAAUGUAACCAGUCUUUUUCUGGGUCCAUAUAAAAAUAUAAUCUUGCAUGAUUACCAAACAAUUCAAAUGCUUACUCGUAACGAAUUUGAUGGAAGACCUGAUGGUUUUAUAAUAAAAUUGCGAGCAUUUGGUAAACGUUUAGGUAUAUUUUUUACUGACGGUGAUUUUUGGUUAGAACAACGGCGUUUUGCAUUGCGUCAUAUGCGUGAUUUUGGUUUUGGUCGACGAAGUGAAAAACUUGAAAAUAUCAUUGAAUUUGAAAUCAAAGAAAUGAUUAAGCAUAUUGAGAAUAAUCAUUAUAUGUUUAAGGCACCACAUUUUUUUGCACCUGGUUUUGUUAAUCUUUUAGUGUCAAUUUUAACGGGAACUACAUUGGAUCAAAAUCAACGCAAUUAUUUAGAAGAAAUUGGUUUUCAUUCUUUAUUGUUUCAAAAAAAUGCGUCACCGCUGGGUGGUUUCAUUGGAAUUUUUCCAUGGGUACGAUUUUUUGCACCAAAUGUAAGUGGUUAUCAUGGGUCCAAAAAUGGAAACGAUAAAUUAAUUGAAUUUGUACAGGAUUUAAUUGAAAACCGUAAAAAAUUACGACACAAAGAAGAAACUGAAGGUUUCAUUGAUGUAUACUUACAAGAGUUGGAAAACCGUGAGAAAGUAAAUAAAGCUUCAUUUACGCACGAACAACUUACAUUAACAUGCGUCGAUUUUUUACUACCCACAUCAUCAUGCGUUGAAAUGUCUUUAUCACUUUUAAUACAACGUUUAAUCCAUCAUCCAGAUGUUCAAGACAAAAUGUUUGAUGAAAUUAAAUCAGUUGUUGGUACAGGUCGCUUACCAACUUUAAAUGAUAGACCAAGUUUACUAUAUUGCGAAGCUACAUUACGGGAAGGAAUGAGAAUUGAUACACCAAUUAAUUUAGGUGUGGGUCGUGAGACAACAACUGAUAUAAUCAUACAAGGAUAUGAUAUUCCAAAAGGAACUUUAGUUUUUGCAAAUUUGUGGCAAAUGCAUCAUGAUGAAAUUUUAUGGAAAGAUCCAUUUACAUUUCGCCCAGAAAGAUUUCUAACCGGGGAUGGAAAGCGUUUAUGUAAAGACAUGACACUGCCAUUUGGUUUAGGUCGACGUGUAUGUGCGGGUGAAACAUUCGCACGAAAUGGAAUGUUUAUGUUUUUAGUUGGUUUAGUGCAAAAUUUUAAAUUUACUGUGCCACCGGGUGCAUUAUUACCUGAUUUAAGUGACCGUGCAAACAGUGCUUUAUUGACGAAUUGUCAAGAGUUCAUAGUGCAAUGUGAGCCUAGAAUUUAAGUGCGUUUAUUUAAGAUUGCAAAUUGGUAAUUCACAAAAUAAAAAAUUUCAACCAUUUUUUCUAAUAACAAAGGCGAUUUUUAACUAUUUAUUUAUUGAAGGGCGAAAAAUGUGGUUUAAUAUUAGGUGAAUCAAAAUU